AUGAGAACUGUUGCGGUGGUUCUCUUCUCCUUCACAAACUGGUUGCUGUGCUUUUCUCAGCUCCAUUUGGCUCUUGAUACUUUAAAGCCUGGAGAAAAGGUUACAGGCAAUGAAACCCUUGUUUCAAAUGGAGGCAAAUUCGAACUGGGUUUCUUUUCCCCUCGACAAGAUGCAAGCAAGUACUUGGGAAUAUGGUACCACGGGUUACAGCCACGAACAGUGGUAUGGGUUGCAAACGGAGACCACCCAGUUCCAGACUCCACUGCAUUUUUUCAAAUUGCAGACGAUGGAAAUCUAAUAGUAUCAGACAUCAACGGAAAAAGCUACUGGUCUUCGGGACUAAAAGUAUCUUCGUCCUUAAAUCGUACAGUGAAAGUCAUGGCUUCAGGAAACCUGGUACUGUUAGAUAACCAGGUGAGUAUAAAUAAUCUCUGGCAGAGCUUUGAACAUCCAACCGACACAUUUCUACCAUUCAUGAAAAUGAAUAAAAACAUAAAGUUGACAUCCUGGAGAAGGUUUGAUGACCCAGCAUCGGGGAAAUUCAGCUUUCAGCUUGCUCAAACAGGGGACAACAGCUAUAUCAUUUGGAAAGACCGAGUCUAA